GUAGCUUUGGUACCUUUUGCCCAGCUCUCCAGCGUACUGGACCAGAGGACAACUCAUCAUGAAGCUUCUCACCCAUAUUCUGUUUAUGUGCCUGGCCCUUGCUCUGACAUGGGCUAAUCAUCAAAACGCAGACGAACAUCAUGGAGCUGACCUCGACCGCUGUAAAGGCCUUGAAAUGGACGCUGUUGCACUGAACGAGGAGGGAAUCCCUUACUUUUUCAAGGGUGACCACCUGUUUAAGGGCUUCCACGGCAAGGCGGAGCUGUCGAACGGGUCUUUCUCCGAGUUGGAUGACCACCACCAUCUGGGCCAUGUGGAUGCUGCUUUCCGCAUGCACUAUGAGGACGAUCCCACCCACAACCACAUGUUCUUCUUCCUGGACAACAAAGUGUUCAGGUAUUACCAACAUAAUCUGGAGGCGGGCUACCCCAAGGACAUCUCCGAGGUCUUCCCUGGAAUCCCAGACCACCUGGAUGCUGCUGUGGAGUGUCCGAAGCCGGAGUGCGAAGAAGACUCUGUGAUCUUCUUCAAGGAAGACGACAUCUACCACUACAAUGUGAAAACCAAGGCAGUGGACAAGAAAGAGUUUAAGUCCAUGCCGAACUGCACGUCUGCUUUCCGCUUCAUGGAGCACUACUACUGCUUCCACGGGCACAAGUUCUCCAAGUUCGACCCAAAGACCGGCGAGGUGCACGGGAGAUACCCUAAAGAGGCCCGCGACUACUUCAUGAGGUGCUCCAAGUUUGGUGAUGACAGCGACCAUCUGGACAGGGAGCGCUGCAGCCGCGUUCACCUGGAUGCUGUUACAUCUGAUGACAACGGAAACAUUUAUGCAUUCAGAGGCCACCAUUUCAUCCGCAAAGAUGACAACGACACGCUGACGUCUGACACCAUCGAGAACGCCUUCAAAGAGCUGCACAGCGAGGUCGACGCUGUUUUCUCCUACCAGGAUCACCUCUACAUGAUCAAGGAUGACCAGGUGUUCGUUUACAAAGUUGGCGAGCCACACACCCACCUGGAGGGUUAUCCCAAACCUGUGAAAGAGGAGCUGGGCAUCGAGGGCCCCAUUGAUGCCGCGUUUGUCUGCCAGGACCAUCACAUUGCUCACAUCGUCAAAGGUAGAGACAUGUACGACGUAGACAUGAGCGUCACCCCCCGGGUUCCCGCUAACCAGCGUCCAAUCUCUCUUUUCAAGAAGGUGGACGCUGCCAUGUGCGGUCCUGGGGGAGUUAAAGUGAUCUCUGGAUCCCACUUCUACCACUUUGACAGCGUCAUGCUGCUUGUGGCCUCCAGGGCCCUGCCUGAGCAGCACAGAGUAUCUCUGGAGCUGUUCGGCUGCGAUCACUGAGUAACUGAGAGAGGACUGAACGAACGGUGCAGAGCACCACAAACAACGAAGUGGAACACGGAAAAACAAACCAGCACCUACAGAGUCUGGCGAGAAGCGACUUUGUGUGGCUUCUGAUUCCACGCUCUCUCAGAUGAUACAGUGUUUCGUGCAACUCGCUUCCCUUCUGCGUCUUACCUCAAAAAUAAACGGAAACAUUUCUCAUUUCUUUUAGGAGGGAUUCUACUGUUCACGCAUUCUGUGGCAACCUAUGCAAAGAGUGCUUUCAACAUGUUCAGUGGCAAUACAUGUUUUUCUGUGAUUCAUUUUGUACAGUGAGGCGGGGAAUAAAGACAUGUGGCAAUCACCA